AUGUCGCCCCGGAAACAAAAUUUACGAGGUGGCGCAGUCGGUAGGAUUUACUCCCCCGCAGCGACGGCCGAAAUCGAAGGCAAUGAGGGCGAGGCGAUAAUCAUCGACACCCCCACCUACCCCCAACACGACAUCCCGGCUCUGCUACAGGAAGUGACCCCUUUACCACCUGACAUCUGCCUGUCGAACCAUCGCCGGGCAUCGCUCAUCCAGUUCGCCUCGUACUCACUUAUUAUGAAUUUUGAAGUCGAAGACAAUAACUAUUGCUACGCCACCAGCGUAGAACACGUCAAAGAACUUCUGCUGGAGUAUCGUGAAAACGAGGAGACCGUCGAGCAGACCAGUCCGGAUGGGGAAGGCGCAGUAGGCCACGACUUCGAGAUGUAUGAGGAAGGCAAUCCGGCCCACGGCGACAAGAUGGGACAUAACUUCGUGUCGAAGAUCCAAGCGAACGGCUGGCCCAUUUUGAGGUACAGCAGAGAAUUCCCCCCUUUGCUCACCCGCCCCCUGACAAAUCAGCCAAAAGAGUGUCAAUAUUGCCGAGGAGAGGUCGUUUUUGAGUUCCAGAUCCUUCCCACCAUCAUUUCCAAAUUGACAUUAAUCACCGACCCGAUUCACUCUGCCAGGUUAGAUUUCGGAACUGUCCUAGUGUACACAUGCGUUAAGAGCUGCUGCUCUCCGGAUACGACCUACCGGAUAGAGCCUCUCAUUUUGCAGAAGGAGAUUUCUUAA